AUGGCCGAGCUCCCCCCAAACUCCAGCUUCACGAUCGCCUGGCUCUGCCCCUCGCCAAACGAGCUCAUCGUCGCCCACGAGAUGUUCGACCAGGCUUACGGCAAGCACCCACUGACGCGCCACCCCGCCGACAGAAACAAAUACGAGCUGGGCAGGAUCGGCCGGAACAACGUCGUCAUGCUUCAGCUGCCGUGCAUCACUACGUGCGAGGCUAUCUACCAGUUCGAACACGAGACUCAUGACCCAGAGCCCGCGAAACAUAACAAAUGGGCCGCGACAACCAGCGGCUGUGCGAUGGCGCUCGAGCUCAUGAAGGAGUCCUUCCCAAGACUCAGCAUCGCGGUGCUAGUGACAGUCGCCAGCGGGGUCCCUUCUGAGUCUGGAGUCACACAUAUCAGACUGGGCGAUGUCAUUGUCGGGACGCCGGACCGCGCAUUCUGGGGGCUUACGAUGGCCGAGCUCGACGUUGAGGCUCCAUGUCCGUGGGAAGAAGAGGAAGAAGAAGAGGAAGAAGAAGAGGAAAAAGAAGAGGAAGAGGAAGAGUCUACGUGCAUGUCCUUGUCCGCACCAAGCUCCACAUCUGCGCAUACAGAUCCAGAUCCAGAUGCAGACACAGACACAGACACAGACACAGGCCUAUAUCUCUCCCCCCUAACAAACGCCCACACAUACCCGCGCCUCCUCGUCACAGCCGCCCACGCCCUCCUCGCCGACCGCGCCCUCGGCAUCCCCAGCAAAAUCCCGCUUUUCCUGGCUCGCAUGUUCGACUGGUACCCGGAUCGGCGGAUGUACUAUGUAUACCCGGGGACCGAGGACGAGGACGCGCUGUCACCCAAGUCUGACAAAGAGGAAAACACAGAGAGGGAGACACACACGGAGUCCGAGCCUGCGGUACACCACGGCACGAUUGCAAUUCUCCCCCGGCCUGUGCCCUCGAGUCACCCUGAUGCUAGUGCCACGGCGACGGUGAGGGUGAGGGAUGGUUUACGGAAGCACGGCGUCAAGGGGGUUAUUGCUGCGGGUGGAAGAGCUGGGACGGCGGAUCGGGCUGCAGCGUGCGCCGUGGUGAGCGAUUUCCUUCCCACGCUUGUGGUCUGCGGUGUGAGUGGUUAUGUUGGUGCUGAUGGCCGUGUGGAGAGUCGGUGGGAGGGGUAUGCGGCUGCGACGGCGGCGGCGUAUACGAAGGAGCUGCUGCGGACUCUGGCGGCUUUGCCGGCGGAGGGGCAUGACCAGGGUGCCUCGAGCUCGGGUGGGAGUGCGUGGGGGGAGGGCUGUCAUGCAGGUGUUUAG